AGUUGCAUCACGUCUGGCAGUGGCUUGGCAACUAUCCCGGCCUCCUCGCGACACUCCGCAUGCGUGGCGCACACCCUUAACGAGAAGCACAGAUAGAGACUGGCAGCUCGGGAGAGGAAAGGAGCAGGCGGGGUGACGUGAGGCAACAGCGCGGCAGCCGCUGGCCCGGGGUAGACGGCGGGCUGGCUGGGACAGUCGCCGGCACGAGAUGGCGCCGAGCAGACAGCUGCUGCAGCUGGCGGUCCUGCUGACUGCGGCGCGGGUCUGCAGCUGCGCCCUGGCGGACCACAUCUCGGUGUGCCACCGCAGCGACCCACGAGUCGACGACUGCAUCAACGCCUCCAUCGACGCCCUCCGGCCCAAGCUGCGAGUGGGCAUCCCGGAGUGGAGCGUGCCGCCCAUAGAGCCGCUGACUAUAGACCGCGUGACUCUGAGGCGCGGGCCGAACAGCGCGCUCCUGGAGGCCGUGGUGCGCAACGCCACCGCGUGGGGCGGCUCGGACUUCGUCAUCACCAACCUGAAAUCGGACCUGGACAAGAACGUGUUCCGGGCCAAGGUGUUCCUGCCCAGGAUCCGGUUCGAGGGAGACUACCAGCUGAAGAUGACGUUCCUGCUGUUCCACAUCCAGGGGCAGGGCUUCAUGACCGGCAGCUUCAGCAACUACACGUGUGACCUGCUGAUGAAGGGCCACAAGGUGAGCAAGGGCGGGCAGGAGUUCCUCGAGUUCGAGAAGAUGAGGUUCAAGCUGAAGGUCGGCGACGCUCGUUUCAACCUGUCCGACCUGUUCGGCGGAGACCCGGUCCUUGGUCCGGCCACCAACACCCUCAUCAACGACAACUCUGCCCUCAUCCUCGAGGAGGUGACGCCGGCCUUGGAGAAGUCCCUGGAGGACAUCUUCACCAGGAUCGCCAACAGCAUCACCCUCAAGUUCCCCUACGACGAGCUCUUCCCCUAGUCGCCAAGGAGAGACACUACCCAACCUAGCGCAAGUUCUUCUGAGGGGCGUCGAUACGGCCCCCGAGAUCGUCUUGUGCAGAGGAGAGAGUUACCAGCCCUAGCAGAGAGGGCCAUCAAGCCAAAUAUCGCACUAAUGGGACACAUACCACCAUCAUUCAUCCUUCAACAUAGUUGAAUGCAAUAAAAGCGUAAACGUAACUACAUAUUCAUUUAGGGGACCAAUAAUAAAAAUGUGCAAAAUGUAAGAAACGUAAAACAGGAUCAAUUUACGCUACAUCAAAUUUGCAUUCAAACAAAAAAACAAGGGUAUGAAAACAUAAACUGGAAAUAAAAUCCAUACAAACCCUUUCGAGUUUCAACUUGCUUCAAACCCUGACAGCAAUGCAGUAACCUUAAAUGUCCUAAAAUACUUUCCAAGUGCUUAAAACACCAACUUGGUACAUUUACAUUUCAAUAAUCCUUCAAUACAAUGUUCAAACAAACUAGAUUAGAUAUACGUACAGUAGACUUAUGAUAGACCAGCAUGUUCCGACUUUGCAAAAGCGUGAUAAUGGAAAAUGCUGGAUAUUCAUGCGGUCCUACAAUGACCACUGAAUGCUAAAAUGUAGAGCAAACAUAUCUGCAAGAUUGUGUUUGACAACAAACAUUGUUUAGCAGGAGCAUCAUACCAAAACUAUGCAACCCAAGACAAAAUGGCAAUUUAUUUUUCUGUCAACGACUGCUGAUUUCUGCUGAAGAAAAUGAAGAGUGCAUGUCAAUUGCAAACCGCACUUAACACUUACAGCUUCUUCCAGAUAGAGGACUUCAAACUAGAACUACUUAUGUCUUAAAGUGGUACUGUAAAAGUGUUUCACCUUAGAAAAAAAUAGGUUUUUACUUUUUAGCAUAAGUUUGCUUUGUUGGCUUAAGUGCCAUACCAUUGAAUGUAAACUAUCAAAAUCAACUGCAACAAAUUACAGCUAAUUAAAAUGCACAGCAUUAAUGAAAACAAUUACACUUCAAAAAAUACCCAUAUAUCAAUAUGAAAUAAACUUCUACAGCCAA